UUUUUUUACUAGUAAUGACAGCGAUCAGCGACUUAUAGCAGGACUGCGGCAGGCAUUCUGACACUGGAGGGAACUGACUUGGUGCCACUGACAUCCCCAGUGACACCAAUACAGUGAUCAGUGCUAAAAAAAACACUGACACUGUACUAAUGGCACUGGGCAGGAAGGGGUUAACAUGAGGGGCAAUCAAAGGGUUAGCUAUGUGCUGGGAGUGUUUUACAUAGGGGACCUGGUGAUUGACAGUCACGGCCGCGAAUGGGGGCGCGUGCGAGGCCAUGCAAAGCAGUGUGCCUACAGUGAAGCACACAGACACAGCUUAUAGUAAAACAGCACACAGCCCA